UGUGCUCUUCCACCCCCCGCCCAACUGCAGGAUUAGAGAGGUGCAUUGUGGGAGUCAGGUCCGGCUCGUCGUCAUAGCCAUUCGAGACAUUGCCAAAGGCGAGGAGAUCACAGUGGACUACAGCCUGACCGACUGGGGAGAAAAUGCCAUGGGCUUUCAUACUUCCGUGUCCCCACACGGGUUUGAAUGUGGAUUCAACCCAGAGAGCAACAUCAAGAAGGAGGAGGAGCCAGGUUCACUCCCAAUGUCUCUCAGCGUCUCUGACUACCUCACUCCGUCAUGGUCCCUGUCUCCCUCCUCCUCUCCGCUGUCUCACUCCGAGGCCAGCGACUCCGACCGAGAGGAGGACGAAGAGGAGGAGGAGGAGGACGAGGACGAGGACGACGACGAUGAAGAAGAGGACCUGCGGGACCGAAUGAUGAGAUGCCGCAAGAAACGCAAAACCUCGGCGACCGUCAAGAAGAAAGCCCAGUCCCGUCCCCUGUCCUUCACAUGCCCCGCCCCCUCCUCGCCGACGCCCUUCCAGCAGCCUCUAGCCCCACCCACCACCAACAUAAACAAUAACAUAAACAUAAACAUCGGCGCGGGCGGCGAGCUCUCCCGCAGACAGCACUGUCCCUACUGCGGCCGUCACUUCCGCUCGCUCGCUAGGCACCUGGAGAAACACCAUGAGCAGCAGCCCGAGGUCCGAGCCGCCAUGGAGCUGUCGCAGCUCCCCAAUCAAGACGCCUCCUCGCUCCCCUUCUCCUCUCCCGCUCAGCCCUCGGCCGCCCUGGGUACAACCUCCCUGUUCUCCCGCGAGCGAGACGCUUUGUCCUCGCCUCCCAAAUCAGGAGGCGUCUCUUUCUCGCUCUCGCUGUCUCCUCCCCCCGCCUCCAGCUCCUCGAAGAAGAGCUCGGCGAUGAUGGUGACGCCUGGGAAGGGCACUAAGAAGAGCCCCGGCGCCUCGCCCAAGCCUCCCGCCCGCAGGGGACGGCCGCCGAAGAAGCAGAAGGAACUGCCGCUGAAGAAGCAGGAGGAGGCAGAGCGAGUGAAAGAGGAGGCGCCUGGGAAACAGGAGGAGCAGGAGUUAGACACGAGGGGAGACGCAAGUGCAGAGCAGAAGAACGGAGAGAUGGCCAGCCCUGGGCGCUCUCACAUGCCUCCUCUGCUGUCGUCGCUCUCCACACUGGUGCUGUAUCUCCGGCGGCAGCAGCACUCCUCGUUCCUGUCUCUGUCGCGCGCUCCUCCAUCCGCCGAGGCCUGGCGUCUGCUCUGCCACUCCAGCCUGGCCCUGCUGAUCCUCUACAACCGGCACCGCGAGUGUGAGGUGGCCAAGCUCACGCUGCAGGACUACCGCAGCCGCGCCGCUCCCUCCUCUCCCUCGCUCGACUCCUCGCUCUCCCCGUUCGAGCGCGCCGUCCUCGGCCAGCUCCCGCGUGUUAGCGUGCUGGGCAAACGCGGCCGCCUCCAGCCGCUCAUCCUUCCUCCGCACUCGGAGGCGUGUCUGGAUCUGCUCCUGGAGACGUCUGCAGAUGUGGGCGUGGAUCCCCAGAGCCCCUAUGUGUUCUCCCGGCCAUAUCACUCCCCGGCCACGCCGCUGCGCGGGACCGACCUGCUGCGGAGCCUGGCGCGCUCUAGCGGCGCUAAGAACCCCGCGACGCUCACCACCCACCGCGCGCGGCGACAGGUGGCCAUCCUGACCCAGCUGCUGCUGCUGGAGGAGGGAGAGCGCGCCGCCAAACGCCUGGAGGACUUCCUGCAGAGGGAGUAUCACGUGACCCAGAGCUGCGCUCGGAUUGGCCAGGACCCGGCGCUGAUGAACCGCGUGGGGAGAGUGGUUCUCUACGGAGAGAGAGAGGGAGUGCUGUUCAGAGGAAUGAGCCUGCAGCACAUCUGCCUCGAGCUGGACGUGAUGUCGGGGAAGUCUGGCGACUCUUUCUCUGAGGACUCUGAUGCAGAGGCCAGUAAGAGUAAACGCAGAGCCGUCGCUGGGAAGAAGGAAGGGCCGAGGAAUCGAGCGCCGCGGCCGAAGAAGAGCAGCGGCCCUCAUCAGUCCACGGCACACAAGAGACGCGGCGCUCAGGUCAAAUCAGGUCAGCACUGA